UCCACGGCAGGAGGCAGGACCCAACCAACUUCCACACUCGCCACAGGAAAAGUCAGGAAAACACAUCUGUACUCGUCUACCGCCGUAUCCGCUGGCCUGCGUGUGUUUUUAAAGCUGUUCCGGUAAAUAUUAGCGGGGCAGCGCUGGUAAAGUAAGUUGCCGCCACUUGGUCGCUGUUGAGGGCGGUGUAGUAGCGUUGCAAUGCUGGGACGGUUUGCUGCGAUGGAGAACAUGUAGCCUACUAACCGGAUUUGGAAUUGUGUUUUUUUUCUUCUUGGAUUUACUCCCUGUUAAACCGAGUCGGUUUGUUUUUCCGUUGAUAUUUUCUUGGUUCUUCUGUUAUUGUGGAGUAGUGCAUACUUUGAAAAAUGCCUGCAAAAACCAAGUACAACCUCGUUGAUGAUGGACAUGAUUUGAGGAUCCCGUUGCACAACGAGGAAGCAUUCCAGCAUGGGAUCAACUUCGAGGCAAAGUACAUCGGCAGUCUGGAUGUGACGCGGCCGAGCAGCCGAGUAGAGAUUGUGGCUGCGAUGAGAAGAAUACGGUAUGAGUUCAAGGUGAAAAACAUCAAGAAGAAAAAGGUCAAUAUCGUGGUGUCUGUAGACGGCGUCAAAGUCGCCUUGAGGAAAAAGAAAAAAAAGAAGGAGUGGAUGUGGGAUGAGAGCAAGAUGAUGGUGAUGCAGGAUCCCAUUUACAGGAUAUUCUAUGUGUCUCAUGACUCCCAGGAUCUGAAGAUUUUCAGCUACAUCGCCAGAGACGGACAGAGUAAUGUGUUCCGCUGCAAUGUCUUCAAGUCCAAGAAGAAGAGUCAGGCCAUGCGUAUUGUUCGGACAGUGGGCCAGGCGUUCGAGGUUUGCCAUAAACUGAGUCUGCAGCACACGCAGCAGAACGCAGACGGACAGGAGGACUGCCACGGCGAAAAGAACAGCAACGACUCCUCUGUCACAGUUCGGGAGCUAACGGGCGCGGAGAAGACGCCGACCGUCACCGAGGAGACGGACAUCGAUGCGGAGGAGGUGAGCCAGGUGUCUGCAGCAGAGGAGUCAAACCUCAACAGAGGGGUGACUGAUCUGGACGCCACAGCCAAGACAGCUGACCUGAAGAGUGCAGAGAGCAAGGCUUCAGAGGAGGCCUCUCUGCUGAUGGCCAGCCCCAGGAUGCUGCUCCCUGCAUUGGGCGCGCUGCCACCAGGUGCCCCCCUGUCUGUCCACCACCAGAUCCAGCUGCUCCAGCAGCAGCUCCAGCAGCAGCAGCAGCAGACACAAGUGGCUGUGGCACAGGUCCACCUGUUGAAGGACCAGCUGAGUGCGGAGGCCACGGCUCGGCUGGAGGCCCAGGCUCGUGUCCACCAGCUGCUGCUGCAGAACAAAGACCUGCUGCAGCACAUCUCCCUGCUGGUUAAACAGAUCCAGGAGCUGGAGACCAAGAUGUCUGGACCAAACUCCAUGGGAUCCCAGGACAGUCUGUUGGAGAUCACCUUCCGGUCAACAGUACCCCCAGUGAUCUGCGACCCCACAACGCCCAAACCGGAUGUGUCCGCCCUCAACCUGCCCGCGCUGGGCUCCGCUGACGGGACCGGCAACGCCUUCUCAUCUUCCAAUGGGAGUCUGGGAAGCCCCCUAGUUGAUCAAAGUAUGUUUGAGAACUCCAUUGCCCAGCAGCAGAGUCCUCAGACCUCCAGGCUGGGCCAGCCCUCGGCCCGACGCUCCCCAGCAUCAGCUAAUCAUAACCUCAGUUCCAGCUCCGUCGACUCUCCGUCCUCCGGAGGCCAACAGAGGCUUAAAAAUGCCAUUAAUCUGGGCAAGGCUGUUGGCGCAAAGGUCAAUGACUUGUUAAGAAGAAAGGAGCCCAGCCACCUCGGGGACAUCGGAGUCACUGAGGUCAACAAGAACGUUGGUGCCAAUUGGAGCUGUAUGGACCAACUUAACCAGACCACCGCAAACAGUCACAUCUCCUCCUUUGACUCCUUCCCCCGGCUGGACCCCCCGCCUCCGUCGGGGAAGAAGCGCCUCCCUCGAGCGCUGAAGACCACGGCGGACAUGAUGAUCUCCUCUGACCCCGUUGUCUCCUCUCCGGACCCUGCUGACUCCUCCUCCUUCCUCUCUUCUCCUGACAGGACGCCCCUCGUCGCCAAGGAGGAGCUGAGGAACAGCGAGGAGGAGGAGCAGCAGCCGGGCGAGAAGAAGGACGAGGGGUCAGAGGAGCUCACAUUGUCACCGGGCCCAGCAGAGAAGAAAGUCGUUGCCGAGUGGGAGACGACGGGAAGCAACGGCAAAGUUGAUGGAGUGAGAGAAGAAGAUGAUGUGGAGAACAGGAGCAGUGAAGGAGGUGAAGAGGAACAGCCCCAGCUGCAGCUCUCUGUGCCGGACCUCAUCAACAAAGAUACCAAGCCAUGCGAUGUCUGGCAGAAGGCGUCGGGGCCGGACUCCCGGCAGGCCUCCACCCCCCGCUCGGGGAAAACUUCCUGCCGCAUCAGCCUGGGGGAGGAGGUCCUGCUGGGGAACGGCGCCCCGUGCAGCAAAGGCACCGGAGGGAGCGCCGUAGACCCCGAGCCCCAUCCGGACCUGCUGUCGUUUGAGUAACGAGCAGAGCCGGGGGUCAGAUACCACUUCAGUAUGUCUCGAAAAGUUUUGGAACUUUGCUUUUUAAUUUUCACUCUAGAGGCUCAAGAGGUAAUUCAAACAGACAAAUGAUGAAAAGUACUGCGGAUCAAAUAUUCACUGCCACUUUGAAAUAUAGAACUCCAGCUGCUCCAGGGUUUGCUUUAGGAAAAGGGGAAAAGUGCUUUCAGGAAUCAGGGCAGGUGCCGGAUCUGUUGCAUUUUUAACUUUUUUUAGCCACUUUUAAGAUGUGUGGAGGAGUUUAUAUGUCAUGGUGAUACAAUCUGGCCCUCCAACAUGGCUGAUCUCAGGUCAGUCAGAACACUAUGAGCUAAUUCCUGACGAUAUGAACACAAAGCUGACCCGCACCAGAUGAGAUAUAAGUAGCGAGAGAGAAAAUAUGUUGGAGGUGAGGGUUUCGUUGGGAUGCAGACUAAAAAUGUUAACAUUUCAACUAUAUUACACGCAACAUUUAGGGAAUAUAAUAUAAUACAAUGUACUUAUCUUGUUUCAGCUCUUCCAAUAUUUGAAUAUGUCAGGUCUGCUUUAGGAAUGCAAUAAUACCAGAUGAAUGUAAGUAAUGUCAUGAAGUAUCCCUUUAAAUGGGCUAAACCUGUAAAUACAACUUCAUACAGACAUAUUUUCUUCCUGAAAAGUAAAAAGGUAUUACUUAUAUACAUCUUUGAAAGAAUGCAUGGGUUGUACUUACCAGCAUUAAGUUAUUAUAUUAUCAUGCCAUCAAUUUCAGGAACCCUUUUUGACAUCUUUAAAACCAUUUAGAGGGAUAUUUGUUUCAUGAUGGUCACACUGUAAGUCAAUAUUCUACAAAAGCUGCUACAAUGAAACCAAUUACAAACUGCAACUAAUAUGAGUUUUAAAGAAAUGUAGUUCACAUUAAAAAUAAUUAGAAUAUUUAAGUUUUAGCAGAAUUUUCAUAUAGUGUAAUAGUAAUUCCAGCAUGGAAAUAUCUUGAAAAGUGAAUGCAGAGUCCGGAGGAAAUGCGAGGGAGAGGAUGGAGGAAUGCGGACGUG